AUGGUAGCUCUGAAAAACGAAGAAUGCAGAACGAAAUUCCACCAACGUGUGUCUAUUCAUGUUGGAGUACAGACCAGGAAGAAGCUUAGAGAUGCGGAUUCCUUCACAAAGUGUAUCCAGUACGCUGCGAAGGAAACGCCUCCUGUUCUAUUGCCGCGGAAGAAGUUUGUCUUUGCAUCUGCGGAAACAAAAUCCAAGUACAAUUCUGUAUGUGUCGCGCGCAGCGCUGGUGACUUCAACCAGGAAAAGCGUCUUAGAAGGAAGCUGCGUCGUCAACUGCAACAAGACCACAAUAACGAGUGGACGUCAAGAGCGAUGGAGUUUGAGAGGGCGUGGGAGGACAUGAACCCACGGAAAGCCUACUAA